AGUGAAUUUAUUUCAAUUUGUCGUUUUAAACAUUAAAGGUUCUAAUUCUUUCCGUAUAUCGAUAGCUCUAUACUAGCGAAUAUAUUACGGUCAAACGUGGUGCUCUAUUCAGUUAUCAGUGGGAACAUAUCCGAUCGACAUGGAGUACGUGAUCGUCUUGUCAGUAAUAGUCGGCGCCUUGGGUCUUUAUUACUUCUUCUUCAAGGAUCUAAACCAGUUCAAAAAUCAUGGCAUACCGCAUUUAAAACCUCUGCCGAUGCUAGGCAAUAUGGGCCACAUUAUCUUCCACAGGAAAUCGGUAGCUGAAUUGGUGAAAAUGUUAUAUGACGAGUAUCCCGAAGCUAAAUACGUCGGUAUGUAUGAUUUCACUACACCGUUGAUUAUGCUGCGCGAUCCUGACCUCAUCAAGUCCGUCGCGCUCAAGCACUUUGACAUGUUCCCGGAUCAUCGCACCCUUAUCCCAGAUGAUCAGGAUCCGAUAUUUUCUAAGACGCUUCUCUUUCUUCGCGGCGACUCGUGGCGAAUGGCACGAAGCAUGUUGAGCCCGGCUUUCACGACUAGUAAGAUGAAAAGUAUGUUCAAGCUUAUGUCGGAUUAUGCUGUCAACUUCGCUAAUUUCGUGACGCAGUUGUCACCGGAGCAGAGGAUGAUACAGAUGAAAGACAUCCUCGAGCGCUAUACCAACGACACGAUCGCCACUUGCGCUUUCGGCGUCAGCGUCGAUUCCAUGCGAGACCCAAAAAAUCUCUUCUAUUUGAACGGCAAAGAGGCGACAAGAAUCAAUAACGUCGACAUUAUCAAGUUCUUCAUAUUUAGGAGCAUGCCCACGUUGGCACGGGUGCUUAAACUGAAGAUCGUCAACGAGAAGAACGCUAAAUUUUUCCGGAACCUUGUGCAGACCACCAUUAAGAUCAGAGACGAUAAGAGUAUCGUUCGGCCGGACAUGUUACAAUUGAUGAUGGAAAAUAGAGACAAACAAGACGAUAAGAAGGAAUUGACAAUCGAGGAUAUGACUAGCCAGGCCUUCAUUUUCUUCUUUGGCGGUUUCGAAACCACUUCGACAUUGAUGAGUUUCGCUGUGCAUGAGAUCGCGGUUAACGAAGACGUACGGAAAAGACUGCAGGAUGAAAUCGAUCAGGUGUUGGAGGACACAAACGGCCAAGUGUCGUAUGAAGCGAUCAACAACAUGCAAUACUUGGACGCUGUGGUGAACGAGGCUCUCAGGAAAUAUCCAGUCCUCCCGUUAAUAGACAGAUUGAGCGUGAAAGAUUUCGAGUUGCCGCCAACGUUACCGGGCGUAAAGCCCUUUACCCUGAAGAAAGACCAAGCCGUGGUGAUACCAAUUUAUGCACUUCACCAUGACCCAAAGUACUUUAAAGAGCCGGACAAGUUCGAUCCCGAGCGGUUUCUUGGCGAGCAGAAGAAACAUACCCUCAACACUGGAGUUUAUCUACCGUUUGGCUUGGGCCCCAGGAUGUGCAUAGGCAACCGAUUUGCUCUGUUGAAGACGAAAGUGUUACUUUUCCACAUGCUGGCACGCUGUGACUUUCUACCUUACGAGAAGACGCCGAUACCGAUUCAAUUAGCUAAGGAAGGCUUCAUUAUAAUGCCUGAGGGUGGUUUCUGGCUGAAAGUGGUACCGAAGAAGGAACCCCAUCGCACCGUUGCAAUUAAUAACGCCAAAGGCACGUGUGAACUGUAGGAGAGAAUUGUUUAUUCCGCGUGAUUUUUUGAGAUUUCAUAUAUAGGAGAUAUAGGAAAUAUUUGGUAAUUAAUAUGAAAUAAACUAUUAAACACAAAUA